AAGGAACACCGGGAAUGAUGUGCCUAAAUAUAUCUUCACCUUUCUCCAGGAUGCCGGACCGACGGGAGGGCGGUAAAUUAAGGAGUCUUUAAUGUAACAGUAGGUGGCGAUAAUGCUCCAUCUGGUUGCAAUUCGCCAAUAAAACCGAAGAAGAAGAAGAAGAACUCAGACGCAGAAGAAGAACUCGGAGGCAGAAGAAGAACUCGGAGGCAGAAGAAGACCGGGAUUUGCGGCGGUACGGUGUCGGUUGCGCCUGCUGGUUGUCAGUCUUAACGCGACUCCGGCGGUUGGGAAAGGGGGCAUCAGACGACGCAGCGUCCUCUCUUGGGGCAAAAGAACAAAACAACCCCCCCCUCCCCUCCCCUGGGCAGGUAUGAUAUGAGUGAGGUGAAUGAGCUCCGCGGGGGGGAGAGGCAGCAGCCGGGAGUUGCCGCAUAAGUGGACGGCGCACCGCGUCGCGUGCGCGGGGCUGGCGGCGCUGCCGCUCCUCCGCCUCGUCGCCGCGCGCCUCGCCGUCCUCCUCCGCUGGUUGUUCGCGCGGCUGAGCGCCGCCAUGGCGGCCGGCGGACGGAGGAGCGGCGUGCGGGGCGGCCGGGAGGAGGAGGAGGGGCAGGAGGAGGAGGACGGCGGGGAGCGGGUCAGAAACCACCACAGACAAGCCUUCGAGUACAUCUCCGUGGCGCUCCGCAUCGACGAGGACGAGCAGGGCCAUAAGGAGCAGGCGGUGGAGUGGUAUAAAAGAGGCAUUGCAGAGCUGGAAAGGGGCAUCGCCAUCACCAUUCCAGAAAACGGAGAGAAAUAUGAACGUGAUAAGCGUCUGCAGGCCAAGAUGACCACCAAUCUCAUCAUGGCUAAAGACCGACUGGAGCUGCUGGCCAAAGUGGUUCCGGGGUCGCCGGUGCAGCACGACGUCUGCUCUGACAGCGCCGACCCGACCCGUCACCGCCCACGUCUGCGCUCAGUAAGUGGCGCUGUGCCCAAGAAGAGAGACUCCCUGACUUCCUCCGGUCACUCCCUGUCACGGCCAAAGCACCCCCCGAAGGCCUCGUCCUCCUCUUCCUCAGGAACACAGAAUGGCCGCCAGCGCUCCCCCAAUCUCAGCGGGUCCUCGGGAGCUCCUGCACAGCGGCCCGCUGCACAGAGCAGCAGCAGUAAGGGGAAAACGGCGGACCGUCAGAACAUUAAACCCGGCACCCCAGUGUCCUCCCCGGUCAAGAAGAAGGACAUGAAGAACCUGAGGAACGUGGACAGCAAACUAGCCAACCUCAUUCUUAAUGAGAUAGUGGACAGCGCCUCGUCCGUGCGGUUUGAGGACGUCGCCGGUCAGGAUUUGGCCAAGCAGGCCCUGCAGGAGAUCGUGAUCCUGCCAGCGCUGAGACCUGAGUUGUUCACAGGGCUGCGGGCUCCAGCCAGGGGUCUCCUCCUCUUCGGCCCCCCAGGAAACGGGAAGACCAUGCUGGCCAAAGCGGUCGCCAUGGAAUCCAACGCUACCUUCUUCAACAUCAGCGCCGCCAGUUUGACCUCCAAAUACGUGGGAGAAGGGGAGAAGUUGGUCCGUGCCCUGUUUGCCGUGGCCAGGGAGCUUCAGCCCUCCAUCAUCUUCAUCGAUGAGGUGGACAGUCUGCUGUGUGAGAGGAGAGAGGGCGAGCACGACGCCAGCCGGCGCCUGAAGACCGAGUUCCUGAUCGAGUUUGACGGGGUUCAGUCAGGAAGUGACGACAGGGUUUUGGUGAUGGGCGCCACCAACAGACCUCAGGAGUUGGACGAGGCUGUCCUCAGGCGUUUCCCCAAGCGUGUGUACGUAGCUCUGCCAACAGAGGAGACCCGCUACAAGCUGCUGAAAAACCUCCUAGGAAAACACGGCAACCCGCUCACCCAGAGAGAACUGAACCAGCUGGCCAGAAUGACACAGGGGUACUCUGGUAGUGAUCUCACCUCCCUGGCUAAAGAUGCCUCCCUGGGUCCAAUCAGAGAGCUUCAUCCAGAUCAAGUGCGGAACAUGUCAGCGAGUGAGGUACGCAACAUCAGCUUCAGUGACUUUGUGGAGUCACUCAAGAAGAUCAAGAAGAGCGUGAGCCCUCAGACCCUCGACCUCUACGUCCACUGGAACAGAGACUAUGGUGACACCACUGCAGUAUGACACCCGGCCACCAGGGGUCAGUCUAAUAAAGACUCUGUUCUACCAUGGGCUUAACGCCCCCUUUAUAUAAAAAAAAAAAACUAGAAAAAGGGUACGUAGGAAAACCUUCCCAUAGAAAUGUCUAAGAAAGAACGUUUCUUUCUGUAACUGAACACUUUCUGAGGUAUGUAAACAUAAAACAUUCUCCUGUAGAGCAAGGAAAGCCAGGAUGACAACCACCACCAGCAGAACAAGUCCGUUAGCGUACUUUAGCAGACACUGUGGCUGUCAAGCAGCCAUGUUUUGUUGUUUUAUUCUAAAUGUUAAACGUUCUUUGGGCCAGAGAACACAUGCAAGAUGCUGGGAUACACGAGCAACUGUGGCCCUGAUGACAUCACUUCCUUUACAGAGGCCAGUCGUUAUAUUAGCAGGAGGCUGUGCCUUACGUGGAGAUGUUGUCGGGCUUCUUACUGGCCUCUGACUGGAAGCUUUUUAACUGUUCUUCAUCCAGUGGUUUUCUGACCAGCCAUGGAAUCUGAACCAGCAACCCCUCCCGGUCAGAACCCGGUUUCUCUGGGUUUAGGGACUCUGGACGCUACACUGCCUCCCUCCCUGAACGCCGUGUGAGCUCCCGCAGGUUAAGUUAAGGUGUCUGACCCCGGGUGACGUCAAACCCCCUGCACGAGUUUCAGGAGAAGAACUCAACGAUGUCGGCGAGGAAAGUUCACGGCUUCUUCUGCUCUCGUGUUGAAAGUAGAACAAAUCCUGACGGUUCAGAUUUUAGUUUUGUAUUUCUAGUGGAUAGAUUGUGUGUUGUGGUGUUGAAUGCCAGCCUCCAGUUAAAGAUGAUGUUAGUUUCUACUCUGCGAGACACAUGUCUGUCAGGUCCUACGUGGUGACCGAUGGGAUCUGUUUACAUCCUGCCUGACUGGAAACCGUUGUCUCAAGAACGCCCCAUUAAGUUUGAGAACUGUUGACUGAUAGAAUAUGUAUUUAAGUCUGUUUUGUUCUUUAUUCUACACAGCUAUAAAAGGUUUCCAUUUGAACGGUCAUGAGACCCACUUGGCACAUAAGCCAACACAGAUGUACUUAUUCUCUUCAAGUAUAAAAUAUG